GCGGAAAUGUUCCCCGUUCCCAUCAACACACACAUACACCUCACGCUGUGAAACCUAUCCCCCCCUCCCCUCUUUCCGGGUCCCGACAAACCUGAACACUUUGUCGAGUUCGAAGACUUCAGUUGUGUGUGUGCUCAGUCGUGCUUCUGUCACACAAGAAGAUCCUAGGACUCAGGUGUAGGAAAUCAUGGAUAAGUCCCACCUCUUCCCUGGCGAAUAUGAGCCACAUCACCAUGGUGGUCAUGCUCAUGGCCAAGGGCCCAAUGAAACGGACCGGGCUUCGCCGUUCGACAACCACGAAGACUAUUUUUCGACACAUUUGCCAUCGAGACCUGUGACACCGAUAGGAAUGGACAACAAAGAUCCCAGGACCGGCCGGCAUCACCGGCCGCGCAAGAUUGUCUUGUGCUUUGAUGGAACUGGCAACAAGUUCCAGGGCGAUGACUCGGACAGCAACAUCCUCAAGAUUUACAGGAUGCUAGACAGGACGGCUGAUGACCAAUGUAAGUUCCGUAACUGGAUCGAGACCGAGAAAACGAAUGUGACUGCUAACAAUCACCUCCAGACCACUACUACCAACCUAACACCUCCCAAAGCUGGCAUCGGCACCUACGUCGUCUCCACCAGCCUCACCCGCACCAGCACCGUCGCCCGCCUGCGCUCAUGGUACCAAAAAUCCAAAGACUCGGCCAUCGGCACCUCCUUCGACCAGCACGUCGUGGGCGGCUACCGCUUCCUGAUGCGCUUCUACCGCACCAACGACGAGAUCUACAUCUUCGGCUUCUCGCGCGGCGCCUACGUCGCCCGCUUCCUGGCCGAGAUGCUCGACUACAUCGGCCUGCUCUCGCACGGCAACGAGGAGAUGGUGCGGUUCGCCUGGAAGGCCUUCUCGAACUGGCAAGCCCGUAGAUCCGACGACUCGCCCGAGGGCGUGCAGAAGAAGAAGAAGAUGUACGAGUUUCUCAAGGGGUUUCGUGAGACGUUCUCGAGACCCGUGAGGAGGAUCAGGUUCUUGGGUCUGUUUGAUACCGUCAAUAGCGUGCCGCAGUUUGAGUCGGCGUGGAUGGAGAGAAGCAAGUUUCCGUAUACGGCGCGCACGUCGGCCAAGGUGGUCAGGCAUGCGGUUAGUAUUGAUGAGAGGAGAGCGAAGUUUAGGCAGGACUUGAUCUACCAGAGCGCGCACAGGAAGUAUAAGGAUCGCCAUAUGGCGAGGGAGAAGUUGCAUGAGUUUCAGGAGAAGUACCGCGGCCGGAGCCACCCACACGCUCCUGCUGCUGAAGGUGCUGGAAAGAACCGUGGCAGGAGACCCAAGCUUGCGGUGCCUGAGCAGGAGCCAGCUCCUUACCGGACGCGCUCUCACUCGGUUCGUUCUCAUCGGACGAAUCGAUCUGGAGUAUCGGGUAGGGACGGCCCCAUUCAUGACGGUCACUCUGAGGUCUCCAUCGGUCCUCACCCCGAGACUGAUGAUGACGGUGAAGAUUUCGAAGAGUCGGAGGACGAGCACGAGCAAGACAUUGACGAGGUCUGGUUCUCAGGCGGCCACGCCGAUAUUGGCGGCGGAUGGAGUGUCGAAGAAGGCCAAAAGCCUGCAUCACAUAUCCCUCUGUGCUGGAUGGUCCGCGAAGCGAUGCGAGCCGGCCUGCACUUCGACCCCGACAAGAUCCAAGCCAUGGGAUGCGUCGACCUAAUGGAUGAGAUGGGCAUCGAACACGGCCCCGACACCAAUGGCACUCAAAACGACCACAUGAAGUCCGAACACCUCGGAGGCUCAGCAGCAACCAACGGCAACGGAAUCGCCAAAUCCUCAUCAGGGGCAGGCUGCACAUGCUCCCACGGCACUACCAACGGCAAUCAGCAAGUCGACCCCAACACCAUCCCCAACAUCACCGUCCGCAGCCCCAGCACCCCCCGAAUCUUCCAGCAAUCCUCCUGGAAAUUCGACUCCUUCUCCUCCAAGGACAAGGCCGACAAGGGCGGUGACAAGCCAACAAGCCCCACCAAAGACAAGGAACCAGCCCCCGACACCAAUGCCAACGGCCCCGCCAGUCCGACGAAAGACAAAGAAGCAGUCGAAGACGGUCUAAAGUCUCCCACCACCAGCAACGGUGGUAGCUCCAACUCCAGCUCUUCUUCGUCAGACUCCUCAUCCUCCUGCCCCCUGCACAACCCCUGGUCCUUCAAAGACAUGAUCCACGCCUGCCACACCGCGCGCAUCCACGAUUCCUUGUCUUUCGACUGCGGCCUCAGUUUUGGGUCAGUCCUAGCCUGGAAGAUGAUGGAGUACCUUCCCUUCCGGCGUCUCGAUUUGAGUGAAGACGGCAGCUGGAAACCGAUCCGCUGGCCGCUUCCCUGCGGCGAGGUGCGCGAUAUCCCUGAGAAUGCGAGGGUGCAUGGGAUUACAGGCCGGGAAAUCUGA